CAGCUGAAACAAAGUGAUGUAUGUCAGAGAUAAAAAGACCUAACAGACCUAAAAACAAGCAAUUAAUACAUACAACAACACAAUAAAAUACUGUAGAAAGUAUAACAACAACACAAAUAAACAAGACAUACAAUAAAAAAACAAUAAAAAAAAAAUUUCUCAGUAUUACAGUAUGAGACAUUGGUUUUACCCUUUUUUUUAAUUGUUUUUUUAUGGGUCGAAAGCCAAAGAUUAAAAAUUGGUGGAGGGUGGCCCUUUAGUGAUAUAUCUGUCACAUUUCUACUAUUAUCUCUUUCAUUUCUUAUCCAAACAAUGUCCAAGUUGGCGCUGCACACACUGGUGCCAUUAGGACGUCACCUGCCAAGUUUGACCUGUUCGACAGUAGUGUGAUUGACAGAGAGACAGGCAGACAGACACUUUCUGGGGGACUAGUUUUCUUUAAGAUCACCAUUGUUGUCAAGGUCGAAUGUCAGAAAUUGUGAUGUGGUGCAAACCUGCUAGUUCAACGUAAUCAGUUAGCCCGCUCAUCAUUUAUUCACUCUUAAAAGGUCUUGUGUCCUCAAAAAUCUCCUUUACAAGGGAGUAAGACCCGGCACAGACUCUGUAUUUAAAAUACAAAUACAGUACUUGUGUUGUUCACACUCUUAGAUACACAGUGUCCAUGUGUCCUUCCCCACAUGUACUACUGUUUAACACUUGUAAGCCUUUUUAUCUUCACCCGCUUCUUUUCAAUAAUGACAAACCACUGAGGCACUUUAGACAAGACUUUGAUCUCGCAGCCCGGUGUUUGUCUUUGGGGGGGGUUUUUUUCCACUCCGACGACUGAUCCCACAGCGGCGAUGAGACGACGGAAGGCGUCCGGAGUCGCCGUGUUCUUUCCCUGCACUCAGCCUCCCCUGCUCUGUCCCUCCCUUUUCCCUCUAUCUACUCAUCUCACUCUCUUUAGAGGUGGAGUUUGUCGCUGAGGAGUGCUGCUGUGAGUCUGUCAGUGUGAGCCAGUUGCUGUGGAAGGUGCAGGAGGAGAAGAAGACGAGCCAGAUGUCAGCGGAUCAGCUUCUUGCUCUAUAUGUGAAAAACUCAUCAUCAUGCAACCAGAGGACAAUGUAGCUUCUCAAGAAGAAAGACUCGCAGUCCACUGACGUCUCCCGCCAAAAGUAAUCCUGCGUCGCAGCCUUUGAAGACCCUACAGGACGUCGGCUUGUGACUGACAGUGAUGGUGUCACGGAGUCAGACGCCGGCCUGGACGUUGCUUCCAGUGCUUCUGCUGGGAUUGACCUGCUCUUCGCACGGCUCCCUGGUGAAAGUAAACAAGGGUUUGAAGGUCAAAAGGGGUCAGUCAGCCUACCUUGAUGAGGGCGACCUGCAGUUCCAUAUCCCUCGUCAGAAGGAUGCGUGCAAGGUGGAGGUGGUGUUAAAUGAGCCCAUAACUCAGCGAGUGGGAAGGCUCGUGCCUCAGGUGUUUGACUGCCAUUAUCUGACUGAUGAAGUGAAGUAUGUCCAUAAUGGCUGCCCAUUGUUGAAAGAGGACACUGUCAAGCUCCGACUCUACAGGUUCACAGAGACAGAGACAUACAUGGAGGUGUUUUCUCUCCAUGUGGAAAUUAUAGAGCCUGAAUGCAGCAUCAUAAGGCUUGGGCCUAAAUCCUUGGAGGUUCCUGAAUUCUAUAGCCUCUCCGACGUAGUUGACGGCAACGUGGUGUCCUUCCGCUAUGAGAGGAGGUCUAGCCUGGAGUGCAGCGUCCAUCUGAUCAACCACAACUCACACCUGCCCGCCCAUGGCCAGCUGGUCACCGGAGAACCAGAGAAAGCUACCAAGAGAGGGGACGAGCCAGAGAGCUUCAUCCACCUACGUCAGCAACUAGAUAAUAAAGCCAGGGCCAUGUGUAAAUCUGAAGACUGCCUGAAGGGCCUAAAGCGUGUGAAGGUCAACAAAAUCCCCUGUGAUGACUUCUUGUCGAUGGGACUGAGGUACCAGCACAUCGAGCCUCCUUCUCCAGACAUAGACUAUAUCCCAAUAAGACUGGACCUCAAGGACACCAGGAGUGGCAGCAUCUAUCAGUCUGAACAGGCAUGGAUUCCAGUGCGGAUCAUUGGUGCAAUGCCCAACCAGCCGCCCAAACCUUCCUUCAUGUCCAUGUUCAUCCUGGAAGUAGACCAGUUCAUCCUCACUCCACUCUCCACUGCUACACUGGAUGCCGAGGAUGAGGAAACUCCCAAACAGCUCUUGGUUUUCAACAUCACCAGACCCCCUGUGGACGGUUUCAUCACUCAUCUGUCCGAUCACACUCGCCCGAUCUCCUCCUUCACGUGGCUGGAUCUCAAUGACAUGCUCAUCGGGUAUCAACCUCCAAACUCCUCACACACCCAGCGUAGGAAUUACGAGGUGGAGUUUGAGGUGCAUGAUUUUUUCUUUGAAAAAAGCCAACCAGUUACUGUUCACGCGUCUGUAAGGAAUGCAGACACAAAUGCACCAAGAGUUUCCUGGAACAUGGGUCUGAGCUUACUGGAGGGCCAGUCCCGUCCAAUAACGUGGGACCAGGUCCAGAUUGUGGACAACGACAACCUGAAUGCCGUCCGUAUCAUCACAGUGGAUGGUCUGCAGCAUGGACGUCUCACUGUCAGAGGCGGAAAGGGCUUCAUGUUCACCGUCAGCGACAUCAAAGCAGGUGUCGUUCGCUAUCACCACGACGACAGCGACUCGACCAAAGACUUCAUUAUUUUCCGUAUCACCGACGGUCGCCAUCAGACAAGGCACAAGUUCCCAAUCAAGAUCCUGCCGAAGGACGACAGUCCCCCUUUCCUCAUCACCAACAUGCUGCUGGAGGUGUCUGAGGGCCAGACGGCUCUGCUGAGGGGCUCCACCCUGCAGGCUUCAGAUAUGGACUCCAGUGACGACUACGUCCUCUUCAACAUCACCCGACCCCCUCAGUCUGGAGAGCUCAUGAAAGUCCCGGGACCAGGACUCGUAGGUUACCCCGUUAACCACUUUCUUCAAAAGGACCUGUUUCAUUCCUUGGUUUACUACCGACACCUUGGAAACAAAGUGUUUGAUGAUUCCUUUGAGGUGGUGCUGUCUGAUUUCCACGACCCUCCCAACCUGUCAGAACCUCAAGUGGUGUUGGUGCACAUAGAACCUGUUCCAGACCAACCACCUAAAGAGGUUCCGGGUUCCAGCCGCUGUCUCGUAAUCAAAGAAACAGAAGUGGUCCACAUCACACGACAGCAGCUGCACUUCCUAGACCAGGAGUCCCCAGACAGUGAGCUGAUGUACACAGUGACCACCACACCUUUCUACAUCGGUCCUCACAGCACUCCUGAUGCAGGGAGGCUGUUCUUGGUUGACAGCAUACCCAAAUUCACCAAAGACCCCAAUGCACCAGUGCUCAGGCUCUUCACACAGCAUGCAGUGAACUUCAUGAAAGUAGCCUACAUGCCUCCUGUCACAGACAUCGGCCCUUACCCCCAGUACAUCCAGUUUAUUCUGUCUGUCACCAACCGUCUGGGCAAAACAGUCACUGGGAUCUGCUUUAACAUCACUGUAACACCAGAGGACAACCAGCCACCACAGGUCUUCACCAAUGCUCUGAGCGUAGAUGAAGGAGGUGAAUCAAGGCUCGGCCCAGAACACAUACUGCUGUCAGACGUAGACUCCAUGGAGGAAGCCCUGCAGGUGGCACUGCAGAGGGAGCCCCAGCAUGGAGUGCUGCAGCUCGGAGGGCUCCCACUAAAACCAGGCCAGGCUUUCACCGUGCAAGACCUGAAAAGUUUUAAAGUUAGCUAUCAUCAUGACAACUCAGAAACUGUGGAGGACAACGUCGAACUCACAGCGACAGAUGGCACCAACUCAGUCGGUUUCGUCCUGCAGGUGAAGGUGAAGCCCGUCAACGACGAGGUCCCUGUGGUGGUUGCCGGUUUGAAACCAGUCCUCAGCUGUGCUGAGGGAGAGGCGGCAGUGAUCACGGCCGAGUACAUCUUUGCCUUAGACGCAGACAGCGACAACAGCAGCCUGGUGUUUCUGAUCGCUCGGCAGCCGUAUCAUGGCGUUGUGCUGCGGGGUGGGGUGGUGGUGGAUCGCUUCAUUCAGGCUGACGUCACCGCAGGCAUCGUCAGCUACAAACACACAGGAUUGGAGGUUGGACUCACUCCUCGUGACGACACCAUCACCUUUGUCAUUUCUGACGGAGAGACGGAGAACUCCGCUCUAUGCUGUGGCGGAAGAAAUCCCACCAGGAGCGGCAGCACAGUGCGGCUGCGAGACAGUCUGCCGGCGUACGACCUCCACAUCACGGUGUUUCCAGUCGACAACCAGGCACCUUCACUGAAAACAGGAGACAUCUUUACAGUGGAUGAAGGUGGAACUGUACCGAUAACUGAGUCUCAUUUGAAGGCCUCUGACGUGGACACUGUCCUGAGCGAACUGGUGGUCAGUCUGAUUUCUCCACCUCAGUUUGGCUACAUUGAAAAUGUCCUGCCAAGUCCCGGCUUUGAGAAAAGCAACAUGGGCAUAAGCAUAGCCUCUUUUUCAUACAAAGACAUCAUGGACGGUCACGUGAACUACGUACAGUCCAGACACCAGAGGAUGGAGCCCACCGCUGACCACUUCAUGCUCUGUGUGUCAGACGGCAAACACAGCUCUGCACACGUUCCCUUCUACAUCAUCAUUGACCCAACAAACGACGAGAUCCCAGAGUUUAUGACUCGCAAUAUCACUGUACGAGAAGGAGAAACGAAGCAGCUGGACUCGUCCGUGCUGAACGCAGUGGAUCUGGAUGUUCCCAGGAACGUCCUGCGCUUCAGCAUCGUUAAGCCUCCUCAACAUGGCACUAUCAUUAACGACGGGAGUGAAAGGCCGGUCAACAAGAGGCAAGAGGCCGGUCCUCAGUCACCUGUUGUUGACUUUACAAUGACUGAUCUGACUAAUGGUAUGGAUCUGAUGUACAUGCACGAUGACUCUGAGAAUAUGGAGGACACUUUCACCAUUCAGUUAACCGACGGUCGCCACCAGCUCCAAAGGCAAGUGACGGUUAAAGUGCUGCCAGUCAAUGACAAGGAGCCUCGUACCAUUAGGAACAACGGGCUGGAGGUGGAACCAGGGGAGACGAGGCUCAUCUCCAGUGUCGUACUGUUUGCACAGGAUGGCGAUACGCCGUCCUCGGAGGUCAAGUACAUGUUUGAGAGUGUUCCUACACAAGGACUGCUUCAGCUUAAGGAAGGUCAAGAGUGGGUUACGCUGACAGCUGGGAGGAACUGCACCCAGGAAACGGUGGACAUGAACCUUCUGCGGUAUGUGCACACAGGCCUGCAUGCCACUCAAACACAGGACUUCUUUGUCUUCCACUUGAUGGACGGAAAGAAUCAAUCACCGCCUCAGCACUUUCACAUCUCUGUCAAAGAGCUCGAGAAAGGAAAUAUUGCCAUCUUUGUGAAGCCAGCGAACGUCAGUCGGGGCGACCGUGUGGUUCUCACCACAGAUGUGCUCUUAGCGACUGACGGCACGGAAAAGCCUGAGGAGCUUUUGUACGUCAUCACCAACCCUCCUGUUCAUGGACACGUGGAAUACAUCAAGCAUCCCGGACUGGCCAUCUCUACCUUUAGCCAGAUGGACAUAGCAGCAAACCUCGUAGCUUAUGUGCACGACAACCGAGCCAGCGCGCACAAAGAAACCUUUCAGUUUGUUGUGAGUAAUGGAAAGACCAGCCGAAACGGAAGCUUUGAGGUUACAGUGGAAAUGGUGGACCGUGUCCUCCCGUCUCUGUCAUCCAACAAAGGCGUCACAGUCCCUCAGGAUUCCUCCAUCAUCCUGGGCCCUGACUGCCUGGCCCUGUCUGACCCCGACACUCCACCCGGCGCCCUGACCUUUACCAUUCUCCAGCCGCCACAAUAUGGACGGCUGAUUUUACGGGACGCCGCGCUGACCACUAGAUCAAAUUUCACCUACAGGGACAUACAGGAAAUGAAGGUAUCCUAUAAACAUGGUGGAGGGCCUUCACAGAUUGACCGGUUUGCCUUCACUGCCUCUGACAGCACCAGUCAAGGCUUCCUCCUGGAUGGACGGUUACAUGUGGAACCCGUGUUCUUCACCAUUCAGAUCAAGCCUUUGGAUAAGUCGCCUCCUGAGGUUGUGAAACUCCUCCCUCUUUGGAAAGUCGAGGUUCUAGACAACGGUCGACAUGGGAUCUUUCUAUCAUCUUUGCAACUGAAGGCCCAAGACAGCGACAGCAGAGAGGAAGAGCUCACGUUCUGCAUCGUUCGCCCACCCUACUUUGGUUUCCUAGAAAAUAUUACCACAGGCGGUUUUGUGCCACAGUGCUUCUCUCAGAUGGAGCUGAACAGGAGAACCAUCGUCUACGUCGUCAGUGGAGAGACGGAGUCGCUCUCUGACAGCCUGGAGUUCACUGUGUCUGAUCCUUUGGGAAACACUGGGUCUCCUCGUGUCCUCGAAUUCAGUUGGUCAAGUGUGGAGCUGUCUCGGCCUCAGUUGUCUGUGUGUGAGGAGCAGGGAAGUGUCUCACUGGACAUCAUACGGAAAGGAAACUUGGCAGAGUCUUCAUACAUCACUGUCCAGGUUAAGCCAGUGACUGCAGUUGGGAGUAAAGAUUUCCUUGUGAGCCCUUCUUCCCUUAUACAGUUUGACCCAGGAGUGUCAAAGAGGACCUGGCAGAUAGAGAUCAUUCAGGAUCAUCUUGAGGAGGCUGAGGAAAUGUUCGAAGUGCUCCUCGUCUCCCCUGAAGCCACACUGAUCGGCAGCAUCAGCAGGGCCCAAGUGACCAUCAUGGAUUCUGGAGGACAAUGCAGGUUGAACCGGGAUCGCGAGGCUCCUGUCCUUGGAGGAAAGGAGGUCAAGUCAGACGCGUACCCCCAACAUGGAUCCAUUCAACUGGAGAAACUACCUUUGGGGAGUGAAUCAGUCGUUUGGGCCCGUGGAGACAGCAUCCCCAGGCCUGCAAGUCUCCCAAAAAAGAAAAUCAGAGUGACUGGCAAUCCAAAGACCAUUGCACCGUCCUCGGUUUUUCACAAUGGGACAGACAUAAUUUUCACAUAUCAUGGCAUCAUGCAAAUGCAAGUCGAAGACGAAAGUUCCCCGUCCAGGAAGGGCAGAAAAGCGAAUAUUCGUGUGGUCAGCAGAGGACCACAGCCGCAGGCAUCAUCUGGAUUGGCUGACUCCAAACAGGAACCCAAAAGAAGAGUUUCAACUACCCAGAAAACUGGACUGGUUAAAGGGCUUGCCACAGCUGAGCGCUCCAUUCCCAAGCCAUGUGUGCCAGAAUUGAUGGGACUCCUACAUUUCAACCAGACGGCUAAUCGGCUCUUUCACUGCAACGGUGUGUCCUGGAAACCCUGGUCGCCAACUGAUCAGAUGGUGAAAUCUCAGAAGUGCCCUCGGGGGUGGACCUUUCACAGUGGUCACUGUUACAUCCUCAGCACUGAGCACAAAGCCACCUGGAGCACAGCGAACAGAGCCUGCAGGGAGAGAUAUAAAGGAACUUUAGCAAGCGUUCUCUCGAAAGUGGACAUGGACUGGCUGUGGGACUUAAGUGGGAGAAAACCAUUCUGGAUAGGUCUGAAUGACAGGGAAGGCCGAGGACACUGGGAGUGGACGGGUGGCGAGCCGGUCAGCUACACCAACUGGAGAAAAGCGCCCGCUCGCUCCAAAAUGAAGGGAGGCAAAAAGUGCGUCCUGGUGUGGAGAAGAGCCAAGUGGCAGAUACGGGAUUGUAAAACCAGCAGGGGGCAUCGCUUUGUGUGUGCAGUCAAGACUUGAGCGUGUCGUUGUUUAUCGUGUCACGAGAAGUUGAAGGAGGAAGGAGUUACUCUCAGGACGACUGACAAGAGGAUCAGUGGGAGCUCUUGUGGAACUGUUUCAAGUAUAAUGAACUUGUGUCUAAAAUAUAACUUUCCUCACUAUGUGACAUUGUUUACACAGCAUCUAUUCCAAUUAGCCACUCAAAGUAGGGUUAUAAGCUAUAUGUAAAACUCAGAGGAGAUUCUUUUUUUAAAAAUGUAUUUACCUGUUUUUACUUAUUUAUGACAGAACCAAGCCUGGAUUAAAAAAAGACUCACUUCCACCAAAUGGUGCAGCGUAGUUCAGAUCGCCACAAUGUGGUUUGGAACUAAUCUGGCUCGCGUUUCCACCCCAGGGCGUGUGGUUUGGAUGGCAAAAUCUGUGUCGGCUGUGUCAGCUUGCCAAAUAAUUCCAUGAAGAAAAAUGCAACACGGUCACAAAAGCA